GGUUCUCCAGGCUGAGAGAGGCCGAGGCGAGGCGGCGCCAGCGCGCCUGCGCGCGUACGGCGGCCGAAAGGGACCAGCGGCGCUGCAGCUGGUGACAGCCGAGAACCCCACCCUUUUCCCACGUGGCCGGGAAGACCGGCUUGGGAGCAUCUGUUGGGCACCUUUGGCCGCACACGGAGGAGCUAAAGAUGGCCUCCAAACGCAUCACCCAAGAGACCUUUGAUGCGGCUGUUCGUGAGAACAUCGAGGAGUUUGAGAUGGGGCCAGAGGAGGCAGUGAAAGAGGCUGUGAAGCAGUUUGAAUCACAAGGGGUUGAUCUGAGCAACAUUGUAAAGAUGACGCCGAAGGUGUCUGCGGAUGGAGCCCAGGAGCCUAUACAUGACAUCCUGCAGGCCCUGGAUGAUCUGCAGGAGUCCGUGGCCCACUCUCACCCCCGGGAGGCAUCAGCCCACCUUGCCCGCUUUUGUGAACAAUGCAAGCAGCACAAAGCCUGUCGCUUCCUGGCAGCCGAGAAGGGGGCCUACCCCAUCCUCCUUGCUACCUGGAAGUUGGCCGCGGCAGGUGACCCCGGCCUCCUGAUCCAGGCCCUCAAUGCCCUGUCAGCCCUGACUGAGGGCCAGCCUGACCUCCUGGACACCCAGGGCCUGCAGCUGCUGGUGGCCACACUGGCUAGGAAUGCCGACUCAGCCAAUGUGACCAGCUCUGGGAUCCGUUGUGUGCGCCAUGCCUGCCUAAAGCAUGAGCAGAACCGGCAGAGCCUGGUGAAGGCUGGUGUGCUGCCCCUGCUGACCGGUGCCAUUUCCCGGCACAGGCACUGUGCUGACGUGGUCAGGGAGGCUUGCUGGGCCCUACGGGUCAUGACCUUUGAUGAUGACAUCCGUGUGCCCUUCGGCCAUGCCCAUGACCAUGCCAAGAUGAUUGUGCAGGAGAAUGGAGGCUUGAAGGUGCUCAUUGAGGCUGCCAAAGCAUUCCCUGACAACCCCAGCAUCCUGAGUGAGCUCUGCAGCACCCUGUCCCGCCUGGCUGUCCGCAAUGAGUUCUGCCAGGAGGUUGUCGACCUUGGGGGCCUCAACGUCCUGGUGGCCCUGCUCGCGGACUGCAAUGACCACCAGGACCUUGUGAAGCAAGUGCUGAGUGCACUGAGGGCCAUUGCAGGCAACGAUGAUGUGAAGGAUGCCAUUGUGCGUGCUGGCGGAACAGAGUCCAUUGUGGCCGCUAUGACUCGGCACCUGGCCAGUCCCCAGGUGUGUGAGCAGAGCUGUGCAGCCCUGUGUGUCCUGGCUCUGCGCAAACCAGAGAACAGCCGGGUCAUCAUGGAGGGCGGUGGGGCCUUGGCUGCACUGCAGGCCAUGAAGGCACACCCGCAGGAGGCUGGCGUUCAGAAACAGGCCUGCAUGCUGAUACGAAACCUGGUGGCCCGCAGCCAAGCCUUCUCACAGCCCAUCCUGGACCUGGGGGCUGAGGCCCUCAUUUCUCAGGCCCGUGCUGCCCACCGUGACUGUGAGGACGUGGCCAAGGCCGCCCUGCGGGACCUGGGCUGCCACGUUGAACUCCAAGAGCUGUGGACUGGCCAGAAGGGCAACCUGGCACCAUGACCCCAGGCUCAGGCUGAGCUGUGACUCUGGGUGAGUCACGUGACUCAGAAACAGUUCAGGGUUGGGGUGGGGGCAGGAUUAGAUUCUCUCCCCCCAAGAGAGGUGUUUUCUGAUGGGUACCAAGUGUUGGCCAGAGAGUGGGAAGGGAGCAUCAGGGAGGCACCUACACAGCAGAAAGCAGCCCCUGGUUCCCAGCCUCCCUGCGUGCUGGUCCCCUCACCGCUGCAAGCAUCAGGAUCAUUUGUUCUGUGCCGCCCUACCCCACACCGCCUCCUAGUAGAAGUGGUCCCUGAACAUUGCUUAGGGCCAAAAGUCUGCCUGAAAUAGGGAAACCAUACUGGCCAACCUCAAAGCAGGGCAGGGAUCCCACUUCUGUUGCUACAUGCCCGUUCUCACUCCUACUACUGUUUCUCUCACCUGUGAAAUGGAUCACAGAUGCCUGGCUGUGCUGAACAGAGGGCAGGGACCAAGGCUUGUUUGUCACUCUGUGUCCCAGGCAAGCCAGUGUUGCCUGGUAAUAAAACUGUUGGUUGAACAAGG